CAGAGGUUCACGCACCAAUGUAGACAUCUGAGCCAGCGCAUUGGAUGACUCAAUCACUGACUGCAUUUAAGUGCUCAGCGGUCCGGGUCGACCCAGGCAUGUAUCCACACAAACACUCGACUCACACAGACCCUGCCUGCCUGCCUGCCUGCCAACGUCCCUGUCUGUCUUAUCUGUCACCAGAUCGUCUUGCCGUCCUAUCGCCUCCCAUGAGCCUCUCUGCCUGUUCCCCCAUCCCCAUCUCCUCACUAACAUCCGCGUCCUCUCUCUCGACCCCGCCGCCCAACUUGCUCAGCUGCACCAUCAGCAGGUGCAGCAAAUAGCCAGGGGGGCCCGCCGCAAACGUGACAGCCAGGGCAAACGAAGUGUUGAUGCCCCUCCGGAGGCCAUCGAGAUAGAUGAGCUGACCAGCCAGGAGGUCCCAGGUAAGUGCAUGUGCCCACUCCUCGGCAACGAAGAUGGGAGAUUCGCGCAUCUGUACCAUUGCUGAGAGCCGGAUGACCGCCUCGCUGACGAAGAAUGUCCCCAGUUCUUGCGCGUCAGGCUGCCCGAGACCGUAGACGAACAUAGAGAGCUGACAGAGGGCCGUGAGGGCCACGGGGAUGGGUGUCUUCAUGACGCUUUGCGUCAGGGACCAGUUCGGCAGGAAGACCAUGAGCAGCCAGAAAGGUGUGACCCCGCAAUUGGCCAGUGUGAAUGCAAUCGCCUCGGGUGUGUCCAGCUCGGGCGUGGGCAGGGAGAGGGCAAGCGACGUACCACUGUGCCGGUGUUGGCGUCGACUCAUCGGCCGCCAAUCGGUCCCCCGUUUUUGCGGUGACAGAGAGAGCAGCGGUCUGCGGAGUGGCUGCGUUGUGAGUUCCGCUGUGGCCGGGACGGGGGAGACGAAUGCCGAAGGACCGGCUGCGGCCGCUGCAUUGCAGAGGGCUGACAGCUUUGUCAAGAUCAGCAGGGGCAGUAGCCGCAGAAAUCGCUGCUCGGCUGUGAGUGACAAUGUCCUCAACAUCACCCUCAACAUGAAUGCUAGUUGGCUCCGCAGGCAGCUCGCAAACGCGUAAGGACACUCCGUUAAACCUUGCAU